AGAGAUCAAAAGAAGCUUUGAACAGAAGAAGAAGAUUCGUUAACGCGAUUUCCUAUAAAGAAUAUCAGUGGCCACAAUCAAUAACUUAUACUAUUUGAACAAUAAUUCUAAUCAACAUGUUUAUUAUCAAAAUAUAUUCUUAGAAAAACCUUAAAAUUUGAAGUGUACUUGAGAUACAUUAGAAAGAGACGAACAAUUAUAAUGGAAGACAAAAAUUUGUCUGAAAAAAAAGUAGAGAGUGUCCCUAAUGAAAUCUCAGAAAAUAAACAGAAUAUGUCUAAAAAAGCAAUAUCUUUAUAUAGUGACAGUUACACUCAAACACGACUUCAGUCGAAUAUCUUUAACUACACAUGGAUAAUAGAAGGCUUUGAUAAUAUUUUUAAGACUUGCAGUGUAUUAAUCUCUCCACCAUUUCCAGAAAUAGCUCAAUAUCAGAUUAAAGUAAAAUUCGAGAAAAUCGAGAAUUCUGAAAUACAAUUUUACAUCGUCACUGAACAAAAAUUUACAGGCUCAUGUUCUAUUUUGUUAGAAGAUUUAUCAGCGAUGUCAUGCGAAACGCUAAACGACACAAAAUCGUUUAUGAUCUUUGAAGAGAAGGAUAAUUACAUAAAUGCACAUCGCUUAGAUGAUCUAAGCUCUAUUCCGAAACAAAUUAAAAUAAAGUGCGUAUUAGAAGUUUUCCAGAAAAUUCUAAGCGAUAGUAUCCACACGCCGUUAUCUUCCACAAAUCUAAAGAUCGAAAACUCUUCUCCCAUCCGCGAUAGCAAUUCUAAGGAAGAUACAAAAUUGAUCAAAUUUAUGAUAAGUGGAAUAAGUUACAGUGUAUCCAAACAUAUAUUAUAUACUACAAAAAGUAACUUUUUUAAAACUUUUUUACAAAAUAUACAAAUAAAAAAUGAAAUAAAAAUAGAAGAAUUUCAGUCAAAUUAUUUUAAGACUGUAUUAACAUAUAUACAAACUGGUUUAGUACAAUUUCCGGAAGAACAUAUGACUUAUAGCGAAUUAUUAAAAAAUGCUUAUAAAUAUGACGUACAAAAUCUUAAAUUGAUAUGUGAGCAAUAUUUGCUACGUGAGGUUACAUAUCAAACUGCUGUAGAAUUUAUGAAACUUGCGUUGAUAUGUGAUGCAAAAUUGUUAGCAGAAUAUGCAGCAAGUGUCAUCAAAUUUUAUUAUGAGAAAAUUGCAUAUACUAAAGAGUUUCAACUUUUACAGCAAGAAUACUCCGACAAGAUAAAUGAAUUGAUUGAAAAAAGUAAAAUACUUCAAACUUCUGAGGACUUUUUAUAAUCUUAUCAAUCUUAAUCAUAAAUGAAAAAAUGUAUGAUAAUUAUUUAAAAAAAUUUUUUCCACAAGUAUGAAUGCAGCAUUAUAUGUAUUCGCGUGCAGUUAUAAUUUUAUUUUACUUACUUAGUGCUACGAUAUAAAAAUUAUAACUUUUAAUUUUCUUAUGUAGG